AUGACACAGCCUGCCAAGAAAGUUGCCCCAGCCCCAUUAGCCAACAAGUCCGCCAAGAAGGUUAACCCAAAGAACCCUUUGACGGAAUCUACCCCAAGAAACUUUGGUAUCGGCCAGGCCGUCCAGCCAAAGAGAAACUUGUCCAGAUUCGUCAAGUGGCCAGAAUACGUUAGAUUACAGAGACAAAAGAAGAUCUUGUCCUUGAGAUUGAAGGUUCCUCCAGCCAUCUCUCAGUUCCAGUCUACUUUGGACAGAAACUCUGCUGCCCAGACCUUCAAGUUGUUCAACAAGUACAGACCAGAGACCUCUGCCGAAAAGAAGGAAAGGUUGACCAAGGAGGCCGCCGCCAUCGCUGACGGUAAGACCGCCAAGGAUGUCUCCGCCAAGCCAUACGCUAUCAAGUACGGUUUGAACCACGUUGUCGCCUUGAUUGAAAACAAGAAGGCCAAGUUGGUUUUGAUUGCCAACGACGUUGACCCAAUUGAGUUGGUCAUCUUCUUGCCAGCUUUGUGCAGAAAGAUGGGUGUUCCAUACGCCAUUGUGAAGGGUAAGGCUAGAUUGGGGACCUUGGUCCACAAGAAGACUUCCUCUGUCGCUGCUUUGACCGAAGUCAGAGCCGAAGACGAAGCUGAAUUGGCCACCUUGGUCUCUACCGUCAACGCCAACUUUGGUGAAAAGUACGAAGACGCCAGAAGACACUGGGGUGGUGGUAUCUUGGGUGCCAAGUCCCAGGCCAAGGAGGCCAAGAGAGUCAAGGCCUCUGGUGUCAAGGCUUAA